AUGAUACAAAAACGCCGAUUCACCGUGUGUGACGUUGAAAACACGUCAGCCCCGUUAAAGCGGCAGAUUGAGUGGCUGCAGAGAGUGCUGCGAUCUCAGGGAGGCUUUCUACGUGUUGCUGACCUGGCAUCUGACAUCCACCAUGCUGCACCUCAGAUAGGACACAAGGAUUUCUUUGAAACCGGUUCUGCAAAGACUGGGAACUCUGGAAGACUCCUCGCUACCGAGAGCAUCCCCCAGUCUUCAUUCUGUACCGCCGAAUCACCUUUUGGAGGUACUAUGGGUCUCAUUAUGACUGACAAUCUCGGCACUUCAGUCUAUGGGGUUGAACAGGGAAGACUCGAGUCCAUUCACAGACAGGAAAUGAUUGGAGCUAUCUUGGAGGUGGCGUUUGAUAGUUCUAAUGGUUGUGGAACUCCCCAUGUUCUAGUGCUUACUCCUAACAACACACGUGUGGUACAAUAUGGGGAGUGUCUCAAUCUGACUGACAAGUUGAAGCGACUCAAGCAGCUUGUCGCUGAUUUGCCUGAAGAGGCAACUCUUGAGCCGGGAGACCUAUCUGAGAGUGACUCUUCAGUUACUACGGACUUAGGUUCUUAUUCAGACAAUGAUAUAUCAGAUGGGUAUGACUCUGAGCAGACCUCCACUUCUCCACGACUACCCCAUAAUCUCUUUGAGUCAGCGCUACAGUACGAGGAAAAAACUUAUGCUCCAGUUCAGUCCAUCGUGAUACCACCCAGGAUCCAGCGUGCUACCCACACCAAGUGGACCGAGGUGAAGAUUGUCGACACCAACUUUUGCGAGUCACGUGCCCAAAAGAGAGCGAAAGAGGAACGACAACAGGGGAAAGAAGUGUGGGUGACCUCCUGGGUUAGAAAGCGACAACGUCAUCUCUGCCAGGAGCUGAACAAGGAAGAGGAGCGUGAAAGAAAGAGACUCAAACUAGCAGAUGAAAAAUCAUCUGAGCCGCCCAGGUUUCCCGCUGCCAUGAUGCCUGCCAAAAACCUGACUGUUUCCGACGCUGCUCAUUCAAAUACUGCAGUGAACCGAGCUCCAGUCCCUCUGCGAGCCAGAAUCGGAAAAUCCAUGAGAGAACUCCGAAUCGAGUCAUUCAAAAGUCGAGUGACAGAGGCCCAAAGGGCGCUGGAUAGAGCUGAGAAGGGUCUGGACUCUAUCAGAACUGUUCGAAACUGGGGCAAGAGAUACAAGAGACAGCUUAACAAGAAAGCUAAGCAGAGCCAGUGUGUCAAACCAAAUCAGAGCAGAGCAGCAAACCUGAAAGCUAGGCAGCCAAUGUUGAAGCAGGAAAAGAAAAAGAAAAACAAAGCUAGGGAGAAAGGAGUGGCUAUUAAACUGGAGGUGUUUGAUCUUGAGGUGAAACAGGAGGCCCUGAUCAAGUUGGAGUAG